CUCCUACCUCAGUCAAAGGUCAAAGCAAGUACGCACCGUCCCGCAAGGCCGCAACAGCAAAGCCACUUCCCGAGUCACCUGAGAAAAUCAAACUUCACCCAAAGAGGACGUUUAGUUUGCUUUCAAUCCUUUUGUCAUUGGUAUUCAAUUGACGUGCCCUAUUCUCACACCAACUUUUACAGAUAUUUCAUGAAAUCACCUCUCACUUCACCGGAGACCCGACACACCUCCCCAUCCAGCGUUUCUCUCCUAAAACCCUUCUCUUUCUCGCUUGGUGUCCCUUUUUUUUAUUUGCUUUUUUACUUUUUUCCUUUGUUUCCUGAAACCUUUUCCCUUUGCUCUGGACAGAGAAACCAACACCUUUCUCGAGAGAAAUAAAUAGAAAACAAGUUUAGAGAGAGCGGGAGAGUGAAGUUUUUUGGUGUUAUUUAUUAGUGAUGGGAGCUUUAGCUCCUCUCUCUUCUUGGAUACCAGAAGAUGAUCUUUUGUUAAAGAAUGCGGUUGAGGCUGGUGCUUCUUUGGAAUCACUUGCUAAAGGUGCAGUGCAGUUUUCUCGAAAAUUCACUGUUCGAGAACUACAAGAACGGUGGCAUUCUCUCCUCUAUGAUCCAAUUGUUUCUGCAGAGGCAGCUUUUCACAUGAUUGAAUUUGAGCGUUCUGCAUCAACUCUUCCAUCCAAAUUCAGUAAAUCAGGGAAUUCAAAAGAAAGCAAAUCUGUUUCUGGGAAAAGGAAAGCUGAAAGUAUUCGUAAUUGUUACUAUGCUCUGCGUAAAAGAAUUCGCAAUGAGCCAUUUAACACCAUGGAUCUGAGUUUUCUCAUUGCACCUACUGAUAGCAAUUUCAUAGGAAAUGAAGAUGAGCCUUUCUCUGGCAAUUGUAUACUUGAAGAUCCAGUUUCAACUCAUUUUGGACUUCAGGGUACUAAUUUGGAUAUCAUGCAUCAUAGUUUUCCGGAGAUUGGGGAUGAUGCUAGUGCUCAUGCCUUGCAUGCACAAUUCCAGAAUACGAUCGGGGAAGAUUAUCCCGUGGAACAAGAUAUUGUGCAUGAAGAGAUUCCACAUAUACAUGGAGAAAACAUAUGUCACACUAGAAAUAGAUCUAUGAUUGAAGAAUUCAGUGGACGAAAAGAAUUGCCAGUGGACACUGACCAGGUACAUGAAUGCUCUAACUUUGAUGGAGACCAUGUGUUUAGUUCUCCAAUUCCAGAUUGUGCUGUGUCAUUUCACAACUUGGAUUACUCAUCUCCACUUCCUGAGAUGCCAAUGUGGAGGACAGUCGAGGGUGUUUCCCCACCAAGAAUUAUGCAUACAGGGGACACAUUUUCGCUUCCUUGUAAUGAUGACACUAAGAAUACGUGUCUAUCAGAAUAUGAUGUCCACGGUGAAUCCAGCUUAAAACUAGAAAUACCAAGUGAGGAGAUGAAAAAUGUAAAUGCCAGCACAGAAGGUUAUCUGGCUGAACUUUCUAAUUCUCUUUUGAAUUUUACAAAUGAGGAAGAACUUCUAUUUACAGAUGUUGAUGGAAAGGAUGCAAUCGAUAAGUCUUAUUAUGAUGGUCUGAGUUCACUUUUGUUGAAUUCACCAAAUGAUAUCAGUCAAGAGCGCAUGCCAGAUAUAACUGAACCAGAUUCCUCUCUAACUCCAGAUUAUAUUGUAAAUCAGUGUGGUGCAAGUCAUGGAGAAUUAGAUGAAGAUAGGGGUUCUGACACUGGUGAUGUAAUUGGCCAUUCAGAGGUCCAACUUCCUGAACUUUGUGUGGAGGUUAUUAUCUGCACAUUAAACACAGAGGAUCCAGAGAUCCCAUGCAAUGAUGAUAUUGUCUUCACCAAUCACUUGCGACCCAAAUCAUUUUCUUCUGUAGCUCGACGGAAUUUCCAAGAUUCGGGUAAAUCAAAUUCUUCUACUGUUAAGGAAUUCUCAAACAAUCCAAAAACCAGUGAAGGAGGUCCAAUACUGGUGCAAAGAGAUGUAGUAAAUCCUGGGCAAUCCCACCUAUCUUCCCAGAUGAUAAGAUCACAGGUAAAACCAGAAAUUGGUUCACACCAUCCAGUUGGUGACCAUGGGAAUAAAUUUGACUUGCCUAGUAGUAGCUUUACUCACAUGAAUAAGGGUAUUGCAUAUGGCGGUUCAUCUAAAAAUGGUAGUAUGGAAAUUCUUGUAGCUGCUAAACCAAAGGAAGAAACUCCAGAAGUUGUGCCGGUGAAGCAUUUUAAUCAUAACUCGGUUGAUUCUUCAAUAGAGAAGCCAGUCUUUGGUCCUGAUAGCUAUAAAUGUCAUGCCCAUACAGAUGCUUGUGGUCUCAAACAGGAUCCAGAUGCCCCAGCAAGAAUUCAAAAUCAUCAGCCAGCACAUGCUAAAUUGGUGUCCGCAGAAAAUGCUGCCUCUGAGCAGGUAGUAAACUAUCCAGUGUCAGAUCCAGAAGAGCCACCUAUAGAGAGUGAUGAUGACAUACCAUAUUUUUCAGAUAUUGAAGCAAUGAUACUUGACAUGGAUUUGGAUCCAGAAGAUCAAGAUUUAUAUUUAAGUGAGGAAGUCUCUAGAUAUCAACACGAGGAUACGAAGAGGGUAAUAAUGAGGCUGGAGCAGGGUGCUCAAUCAUACAUGCAAAGAGCCAUUGCAUUGCAAGGAGCAUUUGCUGUUCUGUAUGGCCGCCGUUCGAAGCAUUAUAUUAAAAAAUCUGAGGUUUUACUUGGAAGAGCAACAGAAGAUGUGAUUGUUGACAUUGACUUGGGAAGGGAAGGGCGUGCAAAUAAAGUAUCUCGUAAGCAGGCAACUAUAAAUUUGGACAAAAGUGGAUCUUUCCACCUGAAAAAUAUUGGCAAGUGUUCUAUCUCAGUGAAUGAUAAGGAAAUGGCCCCUGGACAGAGCCUAAGCCUUACUUCCAGUUGCUUGAUUGAGAUAAGGGGUAUGCCAUUUAUUUUCGAGACAAACCAAGCUUGCGUGAAGCAGUAUCUUGAUGGCACUAUGCAGAAGAACCAAACCCAGGUGCAUCAGUUUUGAAGCGUUGCAGAAACAUUAUGAAUUGGAACGUCAGCAGAAGGUGCUCAUUUUUUUCCUGCGCUUUCUGGGUCUGUUUUCUGUAUCGGCUUGUGUAUGUAUGUAGUGCUACUUUUAAAGGACCGAGGUUCUCAUGUGAGAAAACCCUCUUUCCAUGCACGGAAGGACCUUUCUUCGUAAUUUUGAAAAUGGCGUAAUUACAAAUUAAA